AUGAGUUGUCAAGCCUUUCCUUCAGCUGACACCUUCAUCCCUUUGAGUUCUGACUCGUCUCCCACUCUGCCUCUGAUAAUGCAUCAUAGCGCUGCAGAGUGCUUACCCGUCUCCAAUCAUGCCACUAAUGUGGUGACUACAGGUCUGCAUUAUUCUGUCCCUUCUUGUCAUUAUGGAAACCAGCAGGCUGCAUAUGGGGUGAUGGCAGGCAUCAAACCUACAGCUCCGGAUAUGCUAGCAGCUAGUCUCUCUCAAAGUCGCAUUUUGCAGACCUGUAGCAUGCCCCAUCCCAAUGUUGUGAAUGGAGUCGGCACUUUACAAGGUGGUCUGACCCCUUGCCUUUAUAAAUUCCCCGACCAUGCUCUGAGUGCAAGUUCCUGUGCUCUAGGCCAUAGCUUUACUCCCAUGCAUCCAUCCAUCCUUGGAGAUGAUCCUAUCACCACUGAUUUUAAGCAGGAAUUCCGAAAGAAAAACAAAUCAAUUGAGGAACCAAUCGAUAUGGAUUCUCCUGAAAUCAGGGAACUGGAGAAGUUUGCAAAUGAGUUCAAACUGAGAAGAAUUAAACUAGGUUAUACCCAAACAAAUGUUGGAGAAGCUCUGGCUGCUGUGCAUGGCUCUGAAUUCAGCCAAACCACUAUUUGCCGGUUUGAAAAUUUGCAGCUGAGUUUCAAGAAUGCUUGCAAACUAAAAUCAAUACUAACCAAGUGGCUCGAAGAAGCUGAACAAGUAGGAGCUUUAUACAAUGAAAAAGUUGGAGUGAAUGAACGGAAAAGAAAGCGUAGAACAACAAUAAGUAUUGCAGCUAAAGAAGCCCUAGAAAGUCAUUUUGCAGAACAAAGCAAGCCAUCAUCUCAGGAGAUCAUGAGGAUGGCUGAGGGGCUCAAUCUGGAGAAAGAAGUGGUGAGAGUUUGGUUCUGCAAUCGGAGACAAAGAGAAAAAAGAGUGAAAACAAGUUUACACCAGAACACCUAUAAUUCCAUUAUUAAGGAUCAUCAAGAGUGCUCAUAACAUUCCUUCUGGAAAUAAAUUGAUUUCUGACUUUGAAAAUUACACCUCCCUACCCCCCCCCAAAGAAAAAGAGGCCCACUGAACUAAAAGCAGAGCAUAUAAUGCUUGCCACCAUUACAAGUUAGUAUUAAAUAAUCUUAGGGAUGCUUUGCUAUGCAAUUCCUUUGCCGAGACAUACAGCACAAUCCUAUACAUGUUUCCUUGUAAGUCUAUUUUACAGUAUCAUUGGGACUUAGGACUGCAGCUGCAGGGGACCAACUGCAUGCCACACAAUCACUUUGGUGCAAUGAACACAAGACAUGGUGUUCAGACAUGUAGAAAGCAGUCAAAGCAUGCCUCUCUCUCCCGACAGCAGCCAUGUAUCUUGUGCUGGGAAGACUGGUGCCACAAUCUAAUAUGAGCAGGUGGAACUUGUCGUUGGAAUAGACUGCAGGCUCUGAAUGGACAUUAACCACCUCAACACCCUUUCACAUAUGCCCAAAGUGUCUAUUUUAUUCCACAAGUGUCAGCAUCUUUAGCCUUAUUCAAACAUUAUGUUGCAUGUUCAUAAAGGUGUCUGUACACAUGUACCUGGUGUGAAUGACUGACAUACAUGUGUUUUUAAAAAGAACUUGGAUACAGUCCCCCUCAAAUGCAGGGUACAGAUAAGUGAACUACUUUGAACAUAAUGUGCAAACAAUUGUACACACAUAGAGAUCUGUAUCUCUCAUGCAUUCUGUACAGACUGAACUUAAGACUUGCAAGAAAUAAAAGAUCUAUUCAU